AUGUCACAAGCUGAGGCCUCUAUCUUGGAUAUCCAGCAACGAGGAUUGCUCGAGGCAGCAUACCACACAUUCGAAAACGGCUUUAAUGGACACAUUGGUUCCCUGUUGACUAUCCCUGGUCAGGCCAAGAAGCCACAUAUAAACAUUACCAUCGCCACGCCGGGGCUUCUUGACACACUGUACUUUAUUGAGAAUCACGGAAGUACCACGCCGUUGCAGGAUGACGAGAUCGAGAUUGAGAUCAAAGCAAGCAGCGUCAACUUAAAGAACGUCAUGCAUGCACUAGGUCAGAUACCGGGCGUCGGUUUCGGUUUCGACGGUAGUGGUACUGUCUCGAGAACCUCCGCGAAUAGCAACUUCUCCAUUGGAGAUUCAGUGAUGUGGUGUAACCACACGGGUGGCGGCUUCGGUACCUAUCUGAGGUGUUCUGAGCUACAGGCCGAGAAGAUGCCUGUGGGCAUGGCUUUUAAUACAGCCGCUGCCCUUCCUGCCGUGUACCACACUGCGAUCUACUCUUUUAUACACGUAGCGCGCCUGGAGAAAGGAGAGUCUGUCUUGAUCCACGCCGCGGCGGGAGGUGUCGGACAGGCUGCUGUCCAGAUUGCCCGAACUAUAGGGGCGACUAUCUACGCUACCGUUGGCAGCAAAUCGAAACGAGAUUUGCUUAAAGAGAUUCACCAUCUCCCUGACGACUGCGUCUUUGACAGCCGGAAUCCGUCAUUCGAGAAGGAGAUGAAGCUGGCCACUAACGGUCGCGGUGUCGACGUGGUACUCAAUUCCCUAGGCGGAGAUCUUCUGGAACACUCGUGGGAUUGCAUCGCAGCGUUUGGGCGGUUUGUCGAGAUCGGGAAAGCCGACAUUCUCAACAACACAUCUCUGCCUAUGCUUCCGUUUGGCCAAAACGUUACGUUCUCAGCCGUCGAUGCAGUAAUAUUGCAUCAAGAGAACAAACCGCUCGUGAAGAUUGAUCUGAAGGAGCUCGACAACCUAUAG